UUAACUGUCAUCACGCUGUCAUCCUAUGUGGCCGGUUGGCAUAUGUAAAUGAAAUUAUAAGCAUUUUGGAGAAAACCUUAAAAAUUCCUAUUUUCUCUUCAUAAUGAGGGCAUUGACUAUAUGUCUCAUUUCAAUUUUAUUUAUUUAUAUAGGUUUUGCAGGGGGACAAUCAAAAAAACCUAGCUUAUCACUGGAAGAGCGAUUUGAACAGUUGAAUUUAGUCUAUAGAAAUAGACCAGUGGUUAAGUUCAAUGGAAAUCAGUUUCGAACAUUCGUAAAGGGGGCACCAAGGAACUAUUCCAUGAUAGUAAUGUUUACUGCGUUAGCUCCUCAGAGGCAAUGCAUGAUCUGCAGACACGCGAGCGAUGAAUAUCACAUCGUUUCUAAUUCCUUCAAACACUCUCCUAGCAAUUCCAAAAAGCUAUAUUUUUCUAUCGUAGAUUUUGAUGAAGGGUCUGACGUGUUUCAAAUGAUGAAAUUGAAUACUGCUCCAGUUUUUAUGCAUUUUCCUGCUAAGGGUAAACCCCAAAGAGCAGAUACAAUGGAUAUUUCAAGGGUUGGGGUAUCUGCUGAAGAAAUAGCCAGGUGGAUUGCUGAUAGAACUGAUAUACAGAUUCACGUUAUUAGGCCCCCAAACUAUUUAGGAACUGUGGCUGCAAUAAUUCUUUGCGGAUUAGUAGCUGGAUUCUUGUAUCUGAGAAGGAACAAUUUGGAUUUCUUGUAUAAUAAAACUAUGUGGGGCAUGACAUCCUUAUUUUUUUGUUUUACAAUGAUUUCUGGGCAAAUGUGGAAUCAUAUAAGGGGGCCUCCUUUUCUCCAUCAAGGGCAAAAUGGUCAAAUUGCUUACAUCCAUGGAUCCUCCCAAGGGCAAUUUGUCGUAGAGACUUACAUCAUCAUGAUUCUAAAUGCUGCUGUUGUUAUUGGGAUGAUCCUGCUAACAGAAGCUGCAAGGGGUAAAAGGGAUCCAAAUAAAACUAAAAUUAUGGCUGUUACCGGACUUAUUCUAGUCUCUGUAUUCUUCUCUCUACUACUUUCUAUUUUCAGAACCAAGACACAGGGUUAUCCUUACAGGUUGCUGUUCAAUUAAAAAUCAAAUAUUUAGUUGCUGUAUAUUUUUGUUGCAGUAUGUGUUAUUAGAGUUUUCAAUAAAAUCUUUUUUAUUAA